AAUAUUCAGACCUCGAAGGGUGCUGUGUUUGUACGGUAUUCGAAAAAUCGUUCUCGGCCAAUAGGACACCGUCUCGGAGCCGAAGACUGCCGAAACUGCGCUCGACUCGGCUCGGGUACCCACAUAGAAAAUGGAGUUUGAGCAAAGCAAGCAAAGCAGCUAUUCGCCAUCGUUGAUGGGCGCACAACGACAGUUCGAAGCUGGGUGCAUUGCGUAUUUUCUGACAAACGUGGACUUUUGUGCUUAAUGCGAUCGUAAGGCGGAUCGAAGUGAAACCAAAGCUGGAUGCAAAUCGUUUAGCGAUUCCAAAAGAUGUCAUCCGCACAAGUUGAUCGGUCCACCAAAGUGGGUCACAUUACUAAGAAGGAGAAUGAAAAGUCGAGAAAACAGUUUAGUGCUUCUCACAAAAAGCACAAGCACGAAGACAGUCGUCACUUUAAGUUUGGUAGAAAACGUUUACAGAGUUUUACUAGCAAUGGUAAAUUCUUUCCACCAUAUAAACGUAGAAAGAAGGAGGGUGUGAUUAUUCCACCUACAAAGUUCUUACUGGGUGGUAACAUACGUGAUCCUUUGAAUUUGAAUAGCAUGCAAGAUGAGGAAAUAAACAGAGCUAUGAACGCUGUUACACCCAAGUCUAGCCCAUUGCCCACACCUAGGCACAAGAAAGAGGUUAUUGAAGUUAUAAUUCCACCAAAUAUCUGUGAUCCUUUGAAUCUAAGUAAUUGUAAUGACAAUGAUGAAUACGAGAAACAGCUUAUAUCUCCAACUAAAAAAGGUUCUAAGCGACGAAAUAGAAAGAAAAAACGGGCGUCUUCCGGUUCUGGGAAUGAUGCAAGUGAACCGACAGAGACUAAAAUUAAAGAUUGUGAUGCUGUUGAUAUCACAGAACCUAUAGAACUGAAUGCUUCAGAGAAAAUUGAGACGGAACAGCAGCAACCGGCACCAAAUUUACCAUCAGUCAAUCCGUCGAACCAGCUUAAAGAGACAAAACCAGAAAGUUCGCAAAAAGACAAAAAUAAAUUGCGUUUGAAAGGUUUAGAGGAACCUAAAGACAAAAGAUUAAGAAAGGUGGAUGUUAAAGAUAAAAUUGUCAGUCCUGUUAUUCCUCAACCUGGAGAGUGGAAGCCUAGACCACUCCAUAGGCCGAGUCAAGACAAGAAAAAGAAACAAAAAAUGCCCAAGUUCAGAGAGAAAGAUGCUCAUUAUCAAUAUGGAAAUUACAACAGGUACUACGGGUACCGCAAUUCUCAAAAUGAAACGGACACAAGACUGACAGCAUUUGCACGGUGUAAACAUUUAUUCAUCGACAAAGAUGUAUUAGACAUUGGUUGCAAUAUUGGUCACAUUACUCUUUCUGUUGCAAGAGACUUUUCUGCUCGCAGCGUAACUGGUAUUGACAUUGACCGAACACUCAUCAAUAUAGCUCGAAAAAAUAUUAAACAUUAUGUCAAUUGUGCACAGUCUCCUGCUGGUAACGAGGAGAGUGAUCACCAAGAUGUAAACUACUUUCCAAUAUCUAUGCCAAUUAUCUAUGGUCCAGUUGACAUUCCAGGUUUCACAAAAGAUAAAAGUCACAGAGGUUUCCCUUACAAUGUCACUUUUGUACAGGGCAAUUACGUGCUUGAGGACGAUUCUCUGUUAUGUACAGAACAACCGCAGUUCGACACGAUCCUCUGUUUAUCGAUAACUAAAUGGAUACAUUUAAAUUUCGGAGAUGCAGGCUUAAAACAGGCUUUCAGGCGUAUGUACGCACAAUUACGCCCCGGUGGGGUUUUAAUACUAGAACCCCAAGGUUGGAGCAGUUACUGCAAGAAAAAGAAUCUUACUGAACGGAUAUACAAGAAUUACCAGAAUAUUGAAUUUCGACCGCACAGCUUCACGCAGUAUCUCUUAUCUUCUGAAGUCGGCUUUUCCAAAUGCGAAAUCUUAUCGAUCCCGCCGCACCCAUCGAAGGGAUUUCAACGGCCGAUCCACUUGUUCACUAAAGCUGGCCCGUCACACGGCAGUUUAAAUAAUUUUGUGAAAAACGCAACAAAGAAGAGACAAAAGGAGGACGGAGAGAGAUUGGAACAAACGGAGAGACAAGACGAAAAGAGGAGUAGACCGGAACAAGAACGAAAGGAUGAAGAGAGGAGAAAAUCGGAAGAGGAGCGAAAGAAUGAAGAGAGGAAAAACUUGGAGAAUCCAACUUAAUUCCGUGGAGGAACAGUUUGCGGGGUAGUGCCGGACUUUUUACCGGCUAAAACCUCUACAGUGGCCUACCUCGGCGCGGUCAGUGAAGCUUUAAGAAAUCCAUCACGGAGCUCCUGCCGCGCCGCGAUUAGAGCCCGUCCUCGACGGAGGUCAAUGAUCCCCCUGUUGUAUCUUAACUCCGCGUAGAACCGCGGUAUAAGGUAUAAUUUUUAAACCUAGGUAUCAGGUUUUUUUCUUUUUAUUCGUUCUAUUUUAUACAAUGUUAAAGCUUUUGGUACUUUUUGUGCUUGUUGUGGUUAUAACGAUCCAGAUUAGUAGAUAAGACUUGCCAUUUGGAUGUAAAAUACUAAAAGUUAUCUACUUAGAAAAUCAUUCUUCCCAUUGGAAAAGAUUGGAUCGAAAUGUUACAUCUGACAACUUUUUUACAAGUAUUGAUUUACUGAAUUGGAACUGUACGCAAAAAUCGAAAAGAUUUGCCAAGAAAUUCACUAGAAUCGUCGUAAGACUUGUUAUUUAUUUCAAUAAAGAGAAAAGAUAUUUUAAAAUUCGAAUCUAUUCCAAUUUUAGGACUUGUCUGAAAUUACCAAUGAAAUAUAAUUAGUUAUGAAGUGCAUAAACGACACUGAAAACCUCAAUAUUGUGUGGAGAAAGUGAAUGAAUAAAAAAGAAAAAAAGAAGCUGAUACUUGUGUCUAAAGAGACUAAUCGAUGGCCGUGCGAUUGUUAAUAUUAGAGAUAAAACAAAGAGAAAAAGAAAAUAUUACGAAAGCUUCCAGAACGUGGAUGUACAGGCGGCUUUCCUUCUUGUAUUAUCUAGUCUGUAUAUCAUAGAAGAAGAAUGGAAUAAUCACCCGGCAGUUUCACUUUGUAGUUUGGAACGAGAUUUUGUUUUCGAUUCAAAACUUUCUUGCACGUUCCGCGAAACAUUCCUGUUCAAGAAUGUUUCAUGCGCUUACGCUCGUAAUUAUACGUUAUUUAUUGAAAUUCCAUUUGUAAGAGAGUCAUUUUUCACGCACUGUUUAUUGCGAAUUAAAUUGACAAUGAGAUGCAGAGCGUGGCAUACCGUGAAACGAAUUAAGCAUUGAAACAGAUUGAAAACACGAUGGACAAAAAAAUUGUUUAGUAAUUAAUAAUAAUUGAUUUUUUCUCUUAAAGAAAUUCCAUUGAUUAUAUAUAUAUAUAUUUUUUAUUUAUUUGUUUUUGUUUCCUUUAAAUUUUAAAAACCAUUGUUUUCCCUGAGCUGCUUUCCUUGGCGCAUAAACGUCUCGAACACGAAUGUGUCCGACAUGUUCGUACCUUUUUAUCCUUGAAUAGUUGUCGGCUGGUGCGAUACGCUGUUCGAUAAAAAGAUAAAGAAAAGAUGUUUUUCAGAGGAGGAAAGGAGACGUGAGUGUGUUACGUUUGAGAGGAUGAAAAGAAAAUGAACCACUUAGACGCUUAUCAAGAGCACUUAUAGUGUAAGAAAUAAAAUUAUUAAUAAUAAAGAAUCGGUUUGAGUUACUAGCUGUGUAUACUUCACUCUUCACUCGAUUACCUAUAGCAAAAAAAAAAAAAAACAAAAUUCUUAAUUGAUCUUUUAGAGUGUGUUUAAUAGUUGGUGGUAAUGAUUGAAUCGUUUUGUAUCUAAUGUGCAGAAUUUAUUAAGAUAGCUUUCCUACACUGUUACGAUUUUAUGCUAAAGAUUCGAGGGAUCGUUUGAAUCCUUUUCGUUUUUGUUUCAGGACGCAUCGAAGACCAAAAUUCAGUUUACGCCUGCUAUUGAAACAUUUUUCUUUUUUUUUUCCUCUUUUAUACUGAUUCUCACAGUAUACAUGAAUUUGUUCGCUUCCGUGGAUAUUUCAAGAUCUCUCAUUCCAAAAAUGAUUUGCAAAUUUCUUUCAAGAAAGUAACAAGUGCAGCCCAAAUAUUCAAUAAUACAAUAACGCAAGGGCACAGUGUCAAUGAAAUGUUAACAAAGAUUUGGUUUACGGUGAUCAAUCAGAAUCACCGACAGAGAAAGCAGCAUGUAUUUUCCAACAUGCAGGCUGUGAAAAAAUUUCGAACUCGAUGCCAUGGCAGUGACGAUCCCGAGCAUAGCUUAACAUGAGAGAUUCUCAGUGUUAUCAUUUGCAUCUACCACUAUGUAUACAUAUAUAUAAUAUAUAUAUUUCUUUAAUAGUAA